ACCUUUCAGAGGUUUUUCAACCUUGUACAUUUAGAACUCGGAGGAACAGUACAACAAUUAUGAGCCAUCAUAGUUUGGUAAGUAUCAAAGAAGAAGGCCUGGAUAUGAUGAACAGAGACAUUGAACAUGAAAGGGAAAUGCAAACAUCAAUGCAGAUAAGCCAGUCAUGGGAUGAGAAUUUGAGCCUGGGUGAUAGUGGUUUUGACAAGCAAGAGAAAUUGUAUUCUCCAAAGAGAAUUGACUUCACUCCAGUUUCUCCAGCACCUUCGCCCACCAGAGGAUUUGGAAAGCAGUGCUUUUCACCAUCCUUACAAAUGUUUGUGAGUAGCAGUGGGCUGCCACCAAAUCCCAUUUCUAAUCCAAGACAAUUUCCAAGCAGGACAAGUCAGAGUCCAGUCAAGUGCAUUAGGCCCAGUGUUCUUGGUCCUCUGAAAAGAAAAGGUGAAAUGGAGACAGAAAGCCAGCCCAAGAGAUUCUUCCAAGGUACCACCAGCAUGCUGUCUCCAGAUGGUGAACAACUGUCGGAUCUCAGUUCAUGUUCAGAUAUUUUGGAUGGCAGUAGUAGCAGCAGUGGCUUAUCCUCAGACUCACUGGCUUCAGUCAGCGCUCCUGCAGAGUCUUCAGUAGCAUGCUCCAAUCCAUGCUCUUCGCCCAUCUUGAUGGAUGAUCUCUCACCCAAGUGACCAAACUAUUUCUGAUUCAGUGUUUUCACUGCUGUUGCCUACUUAAAACAGUCAGUGAGGAACACAGAGAACUUUGAUCCCUAAUGAGGAUUGAAGUUUGACCAAUUUCAACCAUUGUGAUGCUCUUCUUAUUUUUUUGGCAUCUCUUUCCUGUAAAGGUUAAUUUACAAGUGUAGUGAUUUUACUGAUGUCUACAUUUUGCUGAUCUCGUUUUGCAUUUGAUGACUAAAUGUCAAGUAUUCACUUUUGAUUUGCUUGGAGGAUUUUUUUCCUUUGUGCCUCAAAGAGCACCAAUUUUUUAGUCUAUAUAUUCAAGGGAGGCACAAAUGUGUAUUAUCUAUAACAACAACAAUAAUAAUAGCUUUCUCCAGCAGUGAUAUGAUAGAGUUGAUCAGAAAUUAUCUUGCUUGAGAGAUUUUUUUUGUUCUCUGUUGACCAUAUACUUUCCAGUCUGUUUUAUUUCAUGUUGAUACACAAAUUGCUUUUGGUUACAUUAAAUUUUGGUUUUUCUGCAUCAGCUUUAAGUACAUUAUUUUGUUUCCCUUUCCUGUUUGAGCUGCUUCCUUGCCAUUUCUCACAGAGGGAAUGAAACCCAUAACUGUUUCCAUCACUACCCAUAUUGCUUCUUUGCUUGAAGAUUGGCUUUACUGUUGAGAAUGUCAAUGGACUUACAAGAUGCCUGCAUUAGUGUCCCCAAAGUUCUUAGGACUUUGCUUCCACAAUUGCUAUUUCUGUCCACAAAUCUAUUGCCCUAAGGAAUAUAUAAAAUAUUGUUGAUAUUUCUAGGUGGUGUUAUCAAGGAGAAGAAAUUCCUGCCUUGACCAGAUGUGUGGAGCAUCUACAAAUGAACGAAUAAUGUUAUUUACACCCCAAACCACUGUGUACAAAAGCAAGCACCCAUGGAGCUGUCUGUGUGUCGGGUGGUGGUAUUGUGGUUUAGGUGCCUGUGUUUCACUGUUGUGCUCUAAAGGAAAUACGUUUUAAGGUGGUGUGGAAAAGGAGGCUUAUGUAUAUGAUUGCCACAUACUCUUUUGCUUACUGCUUUUUUUUUCGGAUUCCUUUUUGUCAUUGGGUUUGUUUUGUCAUGUGGUGAUUGGUGUUUUGAUUAUUGUGUUGCUGCCAGAAUCAGAAUCCAGCUCUUAUUCUCCUGCCUUAUAGAGAGUAGCUUAAUAUUUGCAAGGAAGCUUGUAGGAGCCAAAAAAGAUGUUGUUAUGCAUCCUGUUUUUCAGAACCUGUGUGAGCUGUAGUGUAUAUGCUAUAAGUCUGAGGUACCAUGUAUUCUUUCGUUUUCCCAGAGGAAACUCCUGACUAAGACAUUUAAGAAAUCUGCGAAUGAUCUGUUGUUGUGCUAUUUAUUAUUUCCUACACUGUGCAAAGCUUCUGUUGCAAUAGAUUUACUGUUCAGACAUGAUGCCUUGUGUUUAAUAUGCACACUUACCCACUAGGGUCAUAUUAUUCCAUUUUUAAGUGAAUGUAAGGAAAGGAAAACCACUGCAUUUGUGUCUUUUGAAGGCAAAGAUCCUUGGAUUGAAAGGAAGAGGAUGUGCUUUGAAGGCACACACAGACUAGUGAUUGUGUACUGCUUGAAUGGAAACCUCUCUUUCAAUCAGUAGAGAGAAGCACUUAGCUUGCAGUAGUUCUGUUGCAUUCAGGUGUGUUAUUCACAUUGUAAUCACUGCCAUAACAGCCGUUAGGUCCUGUGUUGUUUUCCCCUGUGCAACUCAUAAUCCUUCAAAUCCAACCUAUAUGUAUCUAUUAGGAGACAUGUCCUCUCGUGUGCCGUUUUAAAAACAAACCUCUUUGAUGUUAUUCAGUACAUCUAUUCUGUUUGUAAAAACCAAACUAUUUGAAGAUGUUUUUGCCUCUGUGACAAUAAUAGAUGGUUUUGUCUUUCAGGAGAUUUGUCCACCUUCACUCUACUGUCUUCUUUGCCUUAAAGGGACACUUUUGAGUUCUAAUUUAAGACUGCUAAGAAAUAACCUCCAAAAUGUGAUGACUUUUAAAUUUAUUUUCGAAAUUCACUGGUAGGGAAAACUGGGGCAGGAAAUGGAAGUUGUUCCAGUGGUAUGAGAACUUAGAAGGAGGAUGAUUCACUUUGUUGUAUUCACCAAGGGUCAUUUUUAGUAUUUAUUGUUUAAGUGGCCUAGAAAGUGAAGCUUGUGAAGGGAUUGCUUUGAAAUAAAUCCACAUAGAUAUACUACAACCCACAUAUGAGCUUUGUUGACAGUACACCUUUAU